AUGAAUGAUCAAGUUUCCAAUGCUGAGUUUCUUGCGGCCUUCCAAGUACUUGCUGAAACCAUUACGGCUCAAGUGAACCGUGAGGUGGUUUCUCCCAUGGAUUUGAAUGCAAGCAUGGAUGCAACAAGGAUCAUGACCUAUGUAGAGCAAGUAGGAAAUGAUAAUUUAAAGUUGAAGAAUAGGGAGUCUAAGAGGCUAAUGACCGAUGAUAGUGAAUUCUCUCGUGCUAAGUCCAGAAGUGGUGGAUGUUCUCAUUUUCUCCAAAGGUACUCUGGCCAAGGGUAUUCUAAUGCUACUACUCUAAGGUUUGACAAAUAUAGGGUGACUAGCCCUAAACCUCAAGGAAGUGCUCCCAUUGGCCAAGUUACUCCCGUAUGCAAGAAAUGUGGUAGGAACCACAAGGGUGAAUGCCUAGAUAGGUUGAAUGUGUGCUACCGGUAUGGUAAGAUGAGUUAUCAUGCUAAGGAUUGUAAGAGUAAAGAUGUUCAGCCUCAAGGCCAAGUUGCUCAAGGUGGCCAAGUGCAAGCAAAGGGUGGUCAACGCAUUAAUAGAUUCUAUGCUCUCCAUGGUAAUUAUGAGGUGGAGGAGAUGUGCGAUGUUGUUACUAGUAUAUUACAGGUCUUUCACUAUGAUGUUUAUGUUUGCUAUAUUUAG